CCCGCCGCUCUCCUUUCGUCCUUCCCCCUGCCCAGCUUCACUACUGGGCUGGAGUCUCCGUCGGCAAGGCGCGUAACACAACAUACUGACAGUUGCGACACUGACUCACAACCAAGAGAGGAAAAGAUGGAGCACGUAGACGCCGGCUUCAACAUCAUGUUAGCGACCGACUCAUACAAGGUAACACAUUACAAACAGUAUCCCCCCAACACGAGUAAAGUCUACUCUUACUUUGAGUGUCGCGAGAAGAGGACAGACCCCGGCAAAAACAGAAAAGUCAAAUAUGACAAAACCGUCUUCUACGGCCUUCAGUACAUCCUCCACAAAUACCUUAAAGGGAAGGUUGUGAGUCCGGAGAAGAUCCAGGAGGCCAAGGAGGUUUACAGAGAACAUUUCCAGGACGAUGUCUUCAACGAGAAAGGCUGGACAUAUAUUUUGGACAAAUACAAUGGACACCUGCCUAUUGAAAUCAAGGCAGUGCCCGAGGGCUGCGUCAUUCCCCGUGGCAACGUUUUGUUCACCGUAGAGAGCACAGACCCAGAAUGCUUCUGGCUCACGAACUGGGUGGAGACCAUCCUGGUUCAGAUCUGGUACCCUGUAACUGUGGCGACAAACUCCAGAGAGCAGAAGAAGAUCCUCGCCAAGUAUCUCCUCGAGACUUCCGGGAACUUGGAGGGAUUAGAGUACAAACUCCAUGACUUUGGCUACAGGGGUGUAUCAUCACAGGAGACUGCGGGCAUCGGUGCCUCCGCCCAUCUGGUCAACUUCAAGGGCACGGACACGGUGGCUGGCAUCUGCGUCAUUAAAAAGUACUAUGGCACCAAGGACCCAGUGCCAGGCUACUCAGUGCCUGCAGCAGAGCACAGUACCAUCACAGCCUGGGGAAAGGAUCAUGAAAAAGACGCGUUUGAGCACAUUGUCAAACAGUAUCCCAACGUGCCUGUAUCUAUAGUCAGCGACAGCUACGACAUUUACAACGCCUGCGAGAAGAUCUGGGGAGAAGAUCUACGGGAACUGAUAGAGAAGCGUAGCGCCGACGCUCCGCUCGUGGUUCGGCCGGACUCAGGAAACCCGCUUGACACAGUUUUGAAGGUUUUGGAGAUCCUGGGUAAAAAGUUCCCUCCAAAAGAGAACUCCCAAGGUUUUAAGGUUCUCCCUCCUUACAUCAGAGUCAUACAAGGAGAUGGAGUUGAUAUCAAUACACUGCAAGAGAUAGUGGAAGGUAUGAAGGAACACAGGUGGUCACUUGAGAACAUUGGCUUUGGUUCUGGAGGUGCUCUGCUGCAGAAACUGACCAGAGAUCUGCUCAACUGUUCAUUCAAAUGCAGCUACGUAGUCACUAAUGGACUGGGGGUGAAUGUCUUCAAGGACCCAGUGGCAGACCCCAACAAGAGGUCAAAGAAAGGUCGCCUGUCUCUGCACCAGACACCGAGUGGAGACUUUGUCACUUUAGAGGAGGGCAGGGGUGAACUGGAGGAAUAUGGCCAGGACCUGCUGCACACAGUCUUCCAGAACGGCAGGAUUGUGAAGACGUACACAUUUGAUGAAAUCAGAGACAAUGCUAAGCUCACAAACAGUGAGCUGAAAGAUCUUCUGCUCUAAGUCUCCAGCGCUGCUGCAAAGAAAAAAAAAGUACCCCCUUCCUUCUUCACCGCUUCACCUUUUUGGCCUCUGACAUCAGCCCUGCUGGUCCACAUUCAUUGCUGGUCCACCACAGUCCUGACGUCACCACAGUACCCUGAAAUGUUGAGAUUAUUUACCCACCUUUCCAAAAAACAAAAAAACAAAAAAAAAAACUUGAUCUGUUCUCCAGUGAAAUGGUAUGAGUUUGUGGGAGAAGUAUAUUAAAGUUCACCUCUCCAUGCUGCUGCACUAAAUUGAAUGUUGCACUGUAAGGUAGCCGUCGAGAUACUGUAUGGGUUUGGGUGAUUGUCUUUGACCUGGCAGCUGCACGAGGAAGUGAACAUAUUGAUUGAUUGAUUGAUUGAGAGACAAUUAUAAAGCCAUACCACUGAUCUGACCCCUUGACCCCCAUCUCCCCACCACCUCCCCAAAAUGUACAUAAUAUAAAGAUGCAUAGAAUCUAAGGGUGCAACAGAAAAAUCCAUCAACAUUUAGGAUGUUUUUGGAACGAUAAAGAAACUCACCCCCAUCCUGUCUUUCCUGCAUCAGUCGGUAGUCAUGGCCAAAGGUAUAAAACGGCCAACAAGUCUAUAAGGAGUAUUUUUUUUAUAUUCCUUAACUACUCUGAAUAUAUUGUAAUCUGUGCAGUUAUGUUCACAACCCUCUCCAGCCCACAGUGAGCUGUAGUCAGGGAGGCUGAAAACACAGCGUGAUUUAACUGCACCUGUUUCUUUUAUCCUGUUAUUUGCCAACUUUUGCGUGAUGUCUUUCAAUUUCCGAUUUGUUACUUUAGCCUAUAUAUACUGUAUGUGUGUAUGUAAAUAUAUAUAUAUACAUAUAUACACACACACAUACAUUUUAUGUACAGUGUGUGUGCAAUGUUCCAAAAUAAUAAUUAAGGCAUUUUAAAGCUAUUUUUCCAUCUAGUGUUUGAAGGAUUCCUAAUUUUCCCCGAUGAUUAGCAAGAGCCAAACCUUUAGGGUUGACGUUUCAUCCCAACGAAACCAAUAUUUACAAUUUAAGACCAAGAAAGAGAGAACGACCAUCUUAGAAGUUGUCUGUUUUGGAGUGAGGAUGAUUGAACUCGGGUAUGUGGCUCCGGGAGUGUUGUAUCUGUUAAAUGUUGACUCUAUUACGUGUGUGGGUGGGUGGGUGUGUGUGUUCGUGUGUGUGUGUGUUCGUGUUCCUGAAUGUGUUGAAAUCUACCUUUUACUUUUGCUGUCCUUUAUUUCCCUGAAAGGACACAAACGUGAUAAGACAACAGUGAGUCUUUUUGCGUCUGUUGGAAGUUAUGUCGUCUCAAUUUUCUGAACAAGAACUCAGAAUUUCCAGCCUUCAGGUCCCAAAAUGUUGUGCUUAUCUAAAAAAAGAAAGAAGAAGUGAAAGAGAAAGAAAUGUUUGAAAAUUCAGUGACGUCUUUCGGUGGAAAUGCUAUAGACCAGCGGUGUCAAACUCAUUCACACCCGGGGCCACAUCACCAAUACAGUUCCCCUUGAAUGGCCGGUUGUAAAUGGAAGACUCUAAAGAUCAGGGGUUCCCAACUGUCGGUCCGCAGACCAGUGCUGGUCUAUAGGUCAUUUGGUACCAGUGGAACACAGUGAAAAAAGUACUUAUCUUUUACUAAUCAUCAUAUCCACUUACUUUUUUUAUUUGAAGAUAAUCUGUCAAUAUUUUAAAAUAAUAGGUCAUUCAGACUCUGAUACGAACAGAAUAGAGUCUAAAAGAUGUUUUAUUUUGAAAAUUUAAUGACUUUUCAAUGCUCAGCACCUUGAUACCGGUCUGUAGUAAUGUGUGGUCCUUGGAUGACCAGUCCUUAGAACAGAAAAGGUCAGGGACCGCUGGUAUAGAUGUAACUACUCCAUAACACACUAAGACUGUACGUGUUUCUACAAUUGAUUAUUAUUUAUUCAAGUAAGAAAUAUUGUUCAUUGCUGUGUAAUAAAAAAACUUUAAAUUUCUUAGGUUAAAAAACUCUGCUGUGUGGACCUUUACUAAAUGAUUUUUAAGCUCCUGCUGGCCACACAAAAUGGCUUGGCGGGCCGCAUUUGGCCCCCGGGCCUUGAGUUUGACACAUGCUAUCGACAAAAUCUGGGGUAUGACAAAGUUUUUUUUUUUUUUUUUUUUGUUUUUUGAAAAUUAAAAGUUCUAGUCAAGUUCUACUUUUUAGUCUCAGAAUUCUGAGGGGAAAUGAGAGGUGCUGAUAAUCACUGCCUUAAACUCAGCAGAAACAAUUGUAAAUGGUAAAGUAUGGAUGUUCGCGGUCUGAUUUUUUUUUUUUUUUUGGACACAUUAAUCUAACUUAGACUCAUUUUUUUCUUUUAAGUUAAUGGAUUUUUCUGUUGCUGUGGGAAAAUGUAAUGACAUCACAACAAGAACAUGUUCACUUCCAAAGUCGGAAGAGAUGAUUGUGUUCUCGUUUUUGCCAAAAGUCCCUUUUUAAAAAAUCUUCCAACUCUCUGGUACACUUGCGAUUCAGUGACAAUAUGUCAAUAUUGAUGCAUCACUUCCUGUCUAGGGUAGCCAUUAUCAGUAACUUUCUUCAUUUAGGAGUCAACCAACUUCAACGCGGUAAUUUUUUUUAAAAAAAAGCACUGAUGUCACCAUGAUCUGCCUCCUCCCUCUGGUUCAGACCAAACUGCUUCAACUCAGCCUGAUAAACAUAACUGUUUUUUGUUUUGAUUUGUUACCUCUCACCAUCUGCAGUCAACCCACCUUCAUCUCACUCACUUUCUGAUGACAUGGGUGGAUUUUAGUACAACUCUUGCUUUUACAGUUUUGAUACCGUCUCAGUUCUUACCUCAGAUUUCUUUUAAUGACGAUGAAGAAAUCUCAUUUAGAAAACAACAUGGCGACAACUGCCUUCCCACUUGUACAUACAGUAAAGCAACCAAGCAGACUGAAAGCAUAGGGGGCACUAUGUCAAAGAGUUGGCCACAGACAGAUAUUAUUAAUGGUAUUGUAGUUUGUGUCUGAAUGAGCAUUUUUGUACAAAUUGAAUAAUAUCCAAAACUGCUUGACUGAAGUGGCAGUGUGACUGUUUUUGUGACUGUAAAACUUUAGGCUUUCUUGUACGUGUGAGAGAGCGAAUGGUCUGUAAUGAAUACUUUUGUUUUUUUCUUUAUGUUGAUGUUGUUCCUCUUGUAUGUAUAUGUUGGUUGUACCAGAAAUUCUCUCAACACAAGUGAACUUUUAACUAACCUGACAUGUUAUAUUGUCAACAAUACACUGAUUAAAGAUCACCCCUUCACAUUUA